UUAUACAUACAACCUGCCAGCAGUUUUUACAUUUUACAACUUAAACUCAACAAACCGAACACACAAACUCAAGUCUGAAGCAAAGAUUUUUUUUUUUUAAAUUUAUUUCUACAGCGAUGACUGCUGGAUCGUAUGAAGAUGAUGAAGAGAUGGUGAGUUACGGCUAUGGGAAGAGGCUGAAAUGCGGGGGAGAUGUUGGGGAGGAUGAGGAGGAGGGGGAGUUUGGGAGAGUUGAAGAUGAGAAGGAGAAUGAGUUUGCGGUUAGGCUGGGUGAUUUUUUUAAUCCGAUGAUUCCGUCGUCUAUUGUGGUUUCGGAUGCUUUGGAUCCUGAUUCGCCGAUUAUUUAUGUUAAUUCUGUUUUUGAAUCUGUUACUGGUUAUCGGGCUGAUGAGGUUUUGGGGAGAAACUGUCGAUUCUUGCAAUAUAGAGAUCCUCGCGCACAAAGGCGGCACCCUUUGGUGGAUCCUGUCAUUGUUUCAGAGAUCAGACGAUGUCUCGAGGAAGGCAUUGAUUUUCAAGGCGAGCUUAUCAAUUUUAAGAAGGAUGGCACUCCAUUGGUGAACAAGCUAAAACUUGUGCCUAUACAUGGCGAUGAUGGUGUGGUUACUCAUGUAAUAGGUAUACAAGUAUUUACCACGGCAAAUAUAGAUCUAAAUAGUGUGUCUUAUCCUGUUUUCAAAGAAACUUGCCCGCAGCAGUCUGAUGAGUCGAGUAAAUACCCUUCAAUGAGUGGACAAUUACACUACAGACACUAUCAGGAUACAUGUGGGAUCCUUCAACUUCCUGACGAAGUACUAGCUCAGAGUAUCUUGUCACGCUUGACACCUAGAGAUGUUGCAUCUAUUGGUUCUGCAUGCACAAGGAUUCGACAGUUAACAAAGAAUGAGCAUGUGAGGAAAAUGGUAUGUCAGAAUGCCUGGGGAAGAGAAGUUACAGGUGCACUGGAACUAAUGACAAACAAACUGGGAUGGGGACGCUUGGCUAGGGAAUUAACUACUCUUGAAGCGGUUUGUUGGAAGAAGUUCACAGUUGGAGGUGCAGUAGAGCCUUCGCGAUGCAAUUUUAGUGCUUGUGCUGUAGGGAACCGACUGGUAUUGUUUGGUGGGGAAGGAGUAAACAUGCAACCUAUGGAUGACACAUUUGUACUUAAUCUUGAUGCUGCAAAACCAGUGUGGCGUCGGGUUAUUGUCAAAUCUUCACCACCAGGACGCUGGGGCCAUACUCUCACAAGUUUGAAUAAUUCUUGGUUAGUGGUAUUCGGUGGCUGUGGAAGGGAAGGAUUGCUGAAUGAUGUAUUUGUUCUUGACUUGGAUGCUAAACAACCCACUUGGAAAGAAGUGUCUGGAGGAACUCCUCCACUUCCCCGGUCAUGGCAUAGUUCUUGCACAAUGGAAGGCUCAAAAUUAGUGGUGUCUGGUGGGUGUACAGAAGCUGGAGUUCUUCUUAGUGACACAUUUUUGUUGGAUCUUACAUUAGAAAAACCAAAAUGGAAAGAGAUUCCAACUUCAUGGGCACCUCCAUCUAGAUUGGGCCACUCCCUAUCCGUCUAUGGAAGGACAAAAAUAUUAAUGUUUGGCGGGCUCGCUAAUAGUGGACAUUUGCGGUUACGUUCAGGAGACGCAUACAGCAUUGACCUGGAGGAUGAAAAACCUGAAUGGAGGCAACUGGAGUGUGGUGCAUUUACUGGUGUAGGCAGUCAGAGCGCUGUGGUUCCUCCACCUCGACUUGAUCAUGUUGCAGUAACAAUGCCUUGUGGUCGUAUUAUAAUAUUUGGUGGCUCAAUGGCUGGGCUGCAUUCUCCUGCUCAGCUUUUCUUGUUGGAUCCUGCUGAAGAGAAACCAUCCUGGAGGAUUCUCAAUGUACCUGGAAAUCCACCUAAGUUUGCUUGGGGUCACAGCACCUGUGUGGUUGGAGGGACCAGGGUCAUGGUUCUGGGUGGACAUACCGGAGCAGAAUGGGUCCUGAAUGAAUUGCAUGAGUUGUGCUUAUCAAGCAUACUGGACUGAGACGGAUCAAAUUCUAUAAGCUGUGUAAAUCAAAGCAUACUGGACUGAGACGGAUAAAAUUCCACGAGUUGAAUUUAUCAGACUGGACUGGCAUCCAGGUGACUAUGCAGGACUAGUAUUUUUCAAGCAUACUGCACUAUGCGCCGUCUCGUUCUUUUUCUGUAUUGUUAUUGAUUUAACAAUCUGUUAUGUCAUUGUAUAUCUAAAUUGGUAAGCAUGCGAGUUUGGAAC